AUGCCCAGUCUGCCAUCGCGCUCCAAACUACCGGAAGACCAGGGCAUCCAAGAUAAUGAUGAUGCGGCUCACCAGCCAUCUCCAACACCGGAUCGCAUCCGUGUGAAGAACCGACGAAAGCGGUACCUAGACUUGAACCCAGACUAUUUUGGCCCGUCUCUUGAGCUGGCAGAUCCUCUACUCUACGAUCGACUCGUCCGACGCUUUCAGUCGCCUGCCGAGCGUGAAGCAGAAGGCCGCAAGAAAGGCUAUAGUGGCAUUCUCGAAGCCGACCUCUGGCGCGGUGAAGCUAAGAUGGACGCUCUAAGACAUCCAGAUCCCAAUAAUACAUUUGCGUACAAACGUGGUCCCAACGGUGAGAUCCUGGCGGAAGAACGGGAUGAGGUGCCCGCAAGUAAAGAAGAAGGCUUCGCACGAUGGAGAUCGGAGAUGGAAGUGAGGUUUGUGCGUGGAGCUGAUGGCGACUUUGAUUACAGCACGGUCGAUGACAACGAGUCGUACGAUGACCAUGCUCUCGAAGAGCGAGAGGCUCUCGAUCGAUAUUUUGCCGAGGAGGAGCCCGAGUUUGUGGUCGGUGAGGAUGCAGCCAAGCGAACCAAAUCUCAAGAACAAAAGCUGGAAGGUGAGACUGGUGUUCAGGACUUUUGA